CGGAGUAAAAAUUUUGAGGUUAGAACCAAUGUCAAUUUUGACAAUUAAUAAACAUGGAUACUGACAUUUUUUACACAAUUCUCUAUUUAAUUCUUUCCGUUUGUAUAAUUUAUCCACCAAGUGAAUUUAUAAGCGCCGGGGUAACAAUACCCAACUUAUUUUCGUUUUUAUUAGGCUCAGAACACACUCAAUUUAUACAUUAUCAUAUCAAAAGAUCUUGUAUAACAUUAUUGGUGUAUUCUUUUAUUCCUUUGGGGUACUUCCUCGGAUAUUUAGCUUUUGUCUCUGAUAACAAGUUAUAUCAAGUAUGGGUUCUUGGAAAUUCAUACAUCAAACAAGGUAUUUUUGCAAUAGCAGUGAUUUUGCCCUUAAUGGCUGUAUAUCAAUUAUUAAAUUGGUGUAGAAAUAAUUAUGAGGAUCAUCCAAUAACAAAGAACAUUAAAAAAUUCUUAAAUAACAACAAUAAUGAUUGGAACACUGUUGCUUCUGAUAUUAACUCCGAAUAUCGGAGUAUUGAUAAAAUUGCAAUUCAAACAAAUAGCAUUUGUAGAAUUAUAGCAACUGAAAAUUGGGUUAUGAAAAUAACCCCUUUAACAAUUUAUUUAAUCCAUCAAAGUGAUGCUUCUCUUGUUGUAAAUCGAUGUGAAACUCACUAUAUGUCUCAAGAUAGUAGAGAUGAAGUGCAAUACAUAAACAUAGAAGUCACAUCAAGAAGAAAUAACAUAGAUCCUUUUACAAUUCGUUUAAACUCAACAGAUUUUCAAGAUUUACAAGAUCGAAUAUCUAGAUCAAUUGAUAUUUUACCAGAUGUGCAAUUUAAGAAAACCACCAUUGAAAAAUUUUUAGAAGUGUUUAAUGAAAACAUUGAUAAAAACCCUAAAUAUUAUACACAAGAAGUUUCAGAUCAAUGUAUAGGUUGUAUGCAAAGAACCACUUAUGUAAAAUUAUUAAAACAAUGUCAGAAUGAUGAAGGAAAUCAAAAUAAUUGUACAAAUUGUUAUUGUAGACCUAUGUGGUGUAAAGAUUGCAUGGGACGAUGGUUCGCAUCAAGACAAAAAGAUGAGGAGAGACAUAAAUGGUUAUCUUUAAAGUGUACAUGUCCCAUGUGUAGGGCUAAAUUUUGCAUUUUAGAUGUUUGUGUUGUUGAUAAUGAAAGUAAUGAUGUUGUUGAUGAGUUAUAGUGUGUGGAUAUUUUGAAAUAAACUUUAUUUACUUGAAAUGA